CUGCAGCUCCUCAAUGCCAUCCAGCUCUUCGGUGCCAACCUGGACGACUACCUCCAUUUGCUGCUGCCCCCCAUCGUGAAGCUGUUUGACGCGCCGGAUGUUCCCUUGCAGGCCCGCAAGGUUGCCUUGGAGACCUUGGACAGACUCACAGAGUCCCUUGACUUCACCGACUAUGCCUCUCGCAUCAUCCACCCCAUAGUUCGCACCCUGGAUGGCACCCCAGAGCUACGGCCCACGGCCAUGGACACCCUGUCCUCUCUGGUCUUCCAACUUGGGAAAAAGUACCAGAUCUUCAUCCCCAUGGUGAACAAGGUGAUGCUGAAGCACCGGAUCAACCACCAGCGUUACGACGUCCUCAUCUGUCGAAUCGUCAAGGGGUACACACUGGCCGAGGAGGAGGAGGACCCACUGAUCUUCCAGCAUCGGCAGCUGCGGGGUAACCAGGGUGACGCGGUGAGCGGCCCGGUGGAGUCGGGCCCCAUGAAGAAGCUGCACGUCAGCACCACAGCCCUGCAGAAGGCGUGGGGCGCUGCCAGGAAGGUGUCAAAAGACGACUGGCUGGAGUGGCUGCGGCGUCUGAGCGUGGUGCUGCUGAAGGAGUCGUCCUCGCCCGCCCUGCGCUCCUGCUGGUCCCUGGCCCAGACCUACAUCCCCCUCGCCAGGGACCUGUUCAACGCGGCCUUCCUGUCGUGCUGGUCGGAGUUGAGUGAGGACCAGCAGGACGAGCUGAUACGCAGCAUCGAGUUGGCUCUCACCUCACAGGACAUCGCAGAGGUCACUCAGACCCUCCUCAACCUGGCCGAGUUCAUGGAGCACAGCGACAAGGGUCCUUUACCGCUGAGAGAUGACAAUGGCAUCGUGUUGCUGGGGGAGAGGGCGGCAAAGUGUCGCGCCUACGCCAAGGCCUUGCACUACAAAGAGCUGGAGUUCCAGAAGGGUGCUUCGCCUCUUAUUCUAGAGUCCCUCAUCAGCAUCAACAACAAGCUGCAGCAGCCAGAGGCGGCAUCGGGGGUGCUGGAGUACGCCAUGAAGCACUUCGGUGAACUGGAGAUCCAGGCAACUUGGUACGAGAAGCUCCACGAGUGGGAGGACGCCCUGGUGGCGUACGACAAGAAAAUCGACAUGAACAAAGAAGACCCAGAGCUCAUCCUGGGCCGCAUGCGCUGUUUGGAGGCACUGGGGGAAUGGGGGCAGCUACACCAGCAGUGCUGUGAGGAGUGGACGCUGGUCAGUGAGGAGACCCAGGCUAAGAUGGCCCGCAUGGCCGCUGCUGCUGCCUGGGGCCUGGGCCACUGGGACAGCAUGGAGGAGUACACUUGCAUGAUUCCCAGGGACACCCAUGACGGAGCCUUCUACCGGGCUGUGCUGGCCCUGCAUCAGGACCUCUUCUCUCUGGCCCAGCAGUGUAUUGACAAGGCAAGAGACCUACUGGACGCGGAGCUCACAGCCAUGGCUGGGGAGAGCUACAGUCGUGCGUACGGGGCCAUGGUGUCGUGUCAGAUGCUGUCAGAGCUGGAGGAGGUGAUUCAGUACAAGCUGGUGCCCGAGCGCAGAGACAUCAUCCGAGAUACCUGGUGGGAGCGACUCCAGGGCUGCCAGAGGAUAGUGGAAGACUGGCAGAAGAUACUGAUGGUGCGCUCACUGGUCAUCAACCCGCACGAGGACAUGCGAACCUGGCUGAAAUACGCCAGCCUCUGUGGCAAGAGUGGCCGUCUGGCCCUGGCCCACAAGACCCUGGUGCUGCUGUUAGGCGUUGACCCCUCCAAACAGCUAGACCAUCCUCUGCCCACAGCGCACCCCCACGUCACCUACGCCUACAUGAAGUACAUGUGGAAGAGCACCCACAAGAUUGAUGCAUUCCAGCAUAUGCAGCACUUUGUGCAGGGCAUGCAGCAGCAGGCGCAGCACGCUAUCGCAGCCGAGGACCAGCAGCACAAGCUGGAGCUGCACAAACUCAUGGCCAGGUGCUUCCUGAAGCUGGGCGAGUGGCAGCUCAGUCUGCAGGGCAUUAAUGAGAGCACCAUCCCCAAAGUGCUCCAGUAUUACAGUCACUCCACGGAGCACGACCGCAACUGGUACAAGGCAUGGCACGCGUGGGCAGUAAUGAACUUCGAGGCGGUGUUGCACUACAAGCACCAAAACCAUGGUAAGGACGACUGCAAGAAGCUGCGGCAUGCCAGCGGUGCCAGCGCCACCAGCGAGGCCAGCAACAGUGACAGCGAUGCCGAGAGCGCCGACCACAGCCCCGUGCCCUCCCCCGCGCAGAAGAAGGUCAACGAAGUCAGGCCAGACUUGGUCGAUAACCAAGACUAUUUCAGUUCACAAUCGGGCAACCACAAGGACCUGUCCAAGACGCUGCUGCUGUACACAGUACCUGCUGUCCAGGGCUUUUUCCGCUCCAUCUCCCUCUCCCGGGGGAACAACCUUCAGGACACGCUGAGAGUCCUGACACUGUGGUUUGACUAUGGCCACUGGCCCGAGGUCAACGAGGCCCUCGUGGAAGGAAUCAAGACCAUUCAGAUCGACACCUGGCUACAGGUGAUUCCGCAGCUGAUUGCUCGUAUCGACACGCCGCGGGCUCUGGUCGGCCGCCUCAUUCACCAGCUGCUCACAGACAUCGGCCGCUACCACCCUCAGGCCUUGAUCUACCCGCUGACCGUGGCCUCAAAAUCCACAACCACGGCACGGCACAAUGCUGCCAACAAAAUCCUGAAGAACAUGUGCGAGCACUGCAAUGCCUUAGUCCAGCAGGCCAUCAUGGUGAGUGAGGAGCUGAUCCGUGUGGCCAUCCUGUGGCACGAGAUGUGGCACGAGGGCCUGGAAGAGGCGUCACGCCUCUACUUCGGCGAGCGCAACGUGAAGGGCAUGUUCGCCGUGCUGGAGCCCCUGCACGCCAUGAUGGAAAGGGGCCCGCAGACGCUCAAGGAGACCUCCUUCAACCAGGCGUAUGGCCGGGACCUGAUGGAGGCGCAGGACUGGUGCAGGAAGUACAUGCGCUCCGGCAACGUGAAGGACCUGACACAGGCCUGGGACCUGUACUACCACGUCUUCAGGAGGAUCUCCAAGCAGCUGCCUCAGCUCACCUCACUGGAGCUGCAGUACGUCUCGCCGAAGCUGCUGAUGUGCCGGGACCUGGAGCUGGCCGUGCCCGGCACCUACGACCCCAACCAGCCCAUCAUCCGCAUCCAGUCCAUCGCCCCCUCGCUGCAGGUCAUCACGUCCAAGCAGCGCCCGCGCAAGCUCACCAUCAUGGGCAGCAACGGGCAUGAAUUCAUGUUCCUGCUGAAGGGCCAUGAGGAUCUGCGGCAGGAUGAGAGGGUGAUGCAGCUCUUCGGGCUCGUGAACACGCUGCUGGCCAACGACCCGGCCUCCCUGCGCAAGAACCUGAGCAUCCAGCGGUAUGCAGUGAUCCCCCUGUCCACCAACUCUGGGCUGAUUGGUUGGGUACCUCACUGUGACACGCUCCACGCCCUCAUACGAGACUACCGCGAGAAGAAGAAGAUCCUGCUCAACAUUGAACACCGCAUCAUGCUCAGGAUGGCCCCAGACUACGACCACCUAACUCUGAUGGAGAAGGUGGAGGUGUUCGAGCACGCGGUGAACAACACGGCCGGGGAUGACCUAGCCAAGCUGCUCUGGCUCAAGAGUCCAAGUUCUGAGGUUUGGUUCGACAGGCGGACAAACUACACUCGUUCCUUAGCUGUCAUGUCCAUGGUUGGCUACAUCUUGGGACUGGGAGAUAGGCAUCCAUCCAACCUGAUGUUGGAUAGGCUCAGUGGGAAGAUCCUCCACAUAGACUUCGGUGAUUGUUUCGAGGUUGCCAUGACUAGGGAGAAAUUCCCAGAGAAAAUCCCUUUCAGACUGACCAGAAUGCUGACUAAUGCCAUGGAGGUGACAGGCCUGGACGGUAACUACAGGAUCACGUGCCACACUGUCAUGGAGGUGUUGAGGGAACACAGAGACAGCGUUAUGGCGGUGCUGGAGGCUUUCGUGUACGACCCCUUACUCAACUGGAGGCUGAUGGACACCAACGUUAAAGGAAACAAACGGUCCAGGAACAGGACAGACUCGUACUCGGCUGGACAAUCUGUGGAAGCGCUGGAUGGCAUCGACCUCGGCGAGACUACACUCAAGAAGCCAGGAACCACCGUGCCUGAAUCCAUCCACUCCUUCAUUGGCGAGGGCCUUGUACAGCCCGAGGCUCUGAACAAAAAAGCCAUCCAGAUCAUCAACAGGGUGCGAGACAAAUUGACUGGUCGGGAUUUCUCACACGAUGAGACCUUGGAUGUGCCGACCCAAGUGGAGCUUCUAAUCAAGCAAGCGACGUCGCAUGAGAACUUGUGCCAAUGCUACAUUGGAUGGUGUCCAUUUUGGUAGAGGAGCACCUCAGCCUUGCUUUGCAGUCCUUGUUAGCCUUUGCUAAUAUUUCUACAGUGGCCAUGAUUCUUGAAAUAAAUCUGCUUUAUAGAUUAGCAAUGAUGUGUUGCAAUUAAUAAGACAUUUUGAAGUAUUUCUGACUUUUAUUAACUUAAUAUCUCAUAACUGAAGGUUAACCGAUGCACAAUAUGUAUUAAGGGACUUGAUUCCACAUGGUGUCGACAAUGAAUAAAUGAUGAAUAAAUA